AUGAGUUUGUUCAAUAGGAUUAUUUCUAUCGAAGAUAUUCUCUCCCGAUUACCACAACUUGACGCUCAGGUAGACAAGUUGGAAGCUGAAGAUUCGCUCACGAGAGAUAACAAACAGUUGAGACGAAGUUUCACUAAACGAUGCCACGAGCUCUACAAGCAGAUCGAUGAACAAAAAAGCCGAAUUCAUGAAAUGAAAAAAACUGAAAGCAAUCAAAUAAAACGAAUGACGGCACUUGAACAGCUCGAUGACCUACAGGAACGACUUCUUCGAAUAGCUCCAGAACGUGAUCGAUUCAGUAGUGAUGAUCGAUCAUUGUCACGAAGUGGUGAAGACGUUGGCUCUGCGACAUCUGUGGAAAAACCCGUGUCGAAAGAACGAACUUCAGUCUCCUCCGAAACAGCUCAAUUAACUGCACAGGAGACUCCGGUCAUGGUCCACACUCCACAACCGGACUUGCCUCCGAGUAUUGACCGACGUGCCAGUGUGAUGUACGAUGCAGCAUCAGAUGAGGAAGAAGGCGAAGGUGAUGAGGAGGAUGAAGAGGAGGAUGAAGACGUUGAAAUUGAAGAGAUCGAAGAAGAGCCCAUCGAGGAAGAGCCAAAAACUAUCGCAGCGCAGCCACCUCAACUGGUUCCUCGUACGGAGAAAACGUCUUCACUUCCACGAACCGAGACGCUGCAACCCUCGGCCCCUCGAGUUGCUGAAGCCCCACCCGUGGAGCAGAAGUCAGCUGUAGCUGCUGAGGCUGAGCAGACAAUGUUUGUAGCUAUGGCUGAUCUCACUGCAAGUGAACCAUCCGAUCUGAGCAUUGCUGAAGGCGAACUCCUACGAAUCGUUCAAACCAGGCCAGAUGGUUGGUGGACGGCAAGAAACGCUAAAGGUGAAGUGGGACUUGUUCCGAAAACUUACCUUCGACAAGCCACUGCUUCUGAUGGAAUGAGACGUGACGGUGAAGGGGCUAAGGAAACUAGAGAGGCUCCCUCUAUAGCAACUCGUCCAACAACGUCUACAUCGCAGAUGUCACUGAUCGAUCCCAAUACACUACCAACUCGUCGAGCUCGUUGCCUGGGCGAUGCUCAGGAGAUGGAUCCACAUCUCUCUUUUGCAUGUCAUCUAACGCCUCGUCUCAGCCAUUCCAACAUUGGUUUCCAUGAUUUGUACUGGAAUUAUCGCGAUGACAAGCUUCGUAAGCGCCGUGUUCGUGUAUCAAAGCUGGUACGUUUGGUUCGAUUGGAAGGUAUGCCGAGAGACGCGGGUGUUUGCCUGGUACGCACUGCUCUUUAUGAUCGAAGUCGGAAAACUGGUCGACAAAUUACAGACACGACUUCUUCCGGAGUCGAUUACGGGGACUUUAUCGUCCGUUCAAACUACAAUAUGGCUGACGUAGUACUGCUAAUUGAAGCAUCACACGUCGUUCAGACCCAGUCCGGAUAUGAGGAACGAAGCCUUGGCAUUCUCACUUUGGAUCUUAUUUCUAAAGGAGAAGUAGUUUUCAACAACAAGACCUAUUCCGAAGCGCUUCGUGCUGAGAAUAUUUUCGAUCGAACGAUGAGUGGUGGCGCAGCUACACCUCAUAAAAUCGUCCUCAAGGUGCUUGAUGUGCCAAAGGAGUUGGUCCCCUUCGUUGAUUCAAUGCCUGAUGUGCUUAUUUUCAAUCCGAUGUUUGUUAGGCUGUAUUUCUUUUUUCGACGUUUCGCCGGCAUUUCCCUCCUACGUGAUAGAGACAAUCUUCUCAGCGCAGAAAUGGUUUCAAACCCUUUGGUAGCAUUGUUUCCUUCUGUGGCUGAUGAACCUGAUAUGAUGGAUCAAUUGCGUAAUUUAUGGAAUACCAAAUUGAAAGUGAUUAAAAACAAACCUGAAGCUGAUCAAGCUGAGUCGUUCUUCCGGUUAUUCAUGUGUACUACGUACUGUGUCCAUAAAACCGUUGUGAUGCCACCAUACCGUAUAUGGGAUGCAAAUGCUCUUGCUGCUCGCCAUCAGAUCUUAAAAAAAUGCGAAGAUAUGCUUCGCGAGCAUCGAAGUCCAUCACGCUUUCUGCUCACCGAAUCAUGCUAUCCGAUCAACGUCUACGACUAUUCGUUCGACCUUCACGGACGUCAUGCUCUCGACUGA